AUGUCGUAUUGACCCACAGAUGCAUCUUUCAGUUUAGAUUACUGCUGAUUUGAUCCUCUGGAAUCUGCAAAAGGAAAGUCUGCCAGCCCCUGUGAAUAGCUUUGCAGUGUAACAGGAGUGGAGCUCCCAGGCAGAAUCUCUGAGAGAUAUGUGAACGACUGUGAGCAAAGCUGAGCAAAUCAGUAUUUCUGCUUCAAACCUGGGCUCGUUCCCCAGGCACAGUUUGGAGGGUGUGUGUAAAUACCCUUCUGGCACCUGGAGAUGAUGUCGGUCGAGGGGUCCACGAUAACAAGCCGGAUCAAAAAUCUGCUUCGCUCACCUUCCAUUAAGCUGAGGAGAAGCAAGCCUGGGAGCAAGCGUGAAGACAUAGGCAGCAAGGUGACUUUGGAGAAGGUGCUGGGGAUAACUGUGUCGGGAGGCAGAGGAUUAGCCUGCGACCCCAGAACUGGCCUUGUUGCUUAUCCAGCAGGGUGUGUUGUUGUGCUGUUCAACCCUAGAAAAAAUAAGCAACACCAUAUUUUAAACAGUUCCAGGAAAACAAUUACAGCACUUGCUUUCUCUCCAGAUGGAAAAUAUUUGGUUACAGGAGAGAGUGGGCACAUGCCAGCAGUUCGUGUAUGGGAUGUGGCCGAGCGAGCCCAGGUGGCUGAGCUGCAGGAGCACAAGUAUGGUGUGGCCUGUGUGGCCUUCUCCCCCAGCUCCAAGUACAUUGUUUCAGUGGGGUACCAGCAUGACAUGAUCGUCAAUGUGUGGUCAUGGAAGAAAAACAUUGUAGUCGCAGCCAACAAAGUCUCAAGCAAAGUAACAGCUGUGUCAUUCUCAGAGGACUGCAGUUAUUUUGUCACUGCUGGAAACCGACACAUCAAGUUCUGGUACCUGGAUGACAGCAAAACCUCCAAGGUCAAUGCCACAGUCCCCUUGCUAGGUCGCUCAGGAUUGCUUGGAGAACUGAGGAACAACUUCUUUGCAGACGUGGCUUGUGGAAGGGGCAAAAAAGCUGACAGCACCUUCUGUAUCACAUCUUCAGGCCUGCUCUGUGAAUUCAAUGAAAAAAGGCUGCUAGACAAGUGGGUGGAGUUGAGGAAUACAGACAGCUUCACAACCACUGUGGCCAACUGCAUCUCUGUGAAUCAUGACUACAUCUUCUGUGGCUGCGCUGAUGGCACCGUGCGGAUUUUUAACCCUCUGAACCUUCACUUUGUCACCACACUGCCAAAGCCGCACUUCCUGGGGACAGACAUCGCCAGUGUGACUGAGGCCAGUCGCCUUUUCUCUGGUGUGGCUGAUGCGAAGUACCCAGACACGAUUGCCUUGACCUUUGACCCCACCAACCAGUGGCUUUCCUGUGUAUACAAUGACCACAGCCUGUAUGUGUGGGAUGUCAAGGACCCAAAGAAAGUGGGCAAGGUGUACUCUGCUCUGUACCACUCUUCCUGUGUAUGGAACAUUGAGAUGUACCCAGAGGUAAAGGACAACAACCAACCAUGCCUCCCCCCUGGUUCCUUCAUCACCUGCUCCUCUGACAACACCAUUCGCCUGUGGAACACCGAGAGCUCCAACAUUCAUGGCACAGCCCUGCACCGCAACAUCCUCAGCAAUGACUUGAUGAAAAUCAUCUAUGUAGAUGACAACACUCAGGUACUUCUGGACACUGAUUUCAACUCAGCAGGAAGCGCAGACAAAGCUGAUGCGCAAGUGAUGGAUACAAAGGUGGGGAUACGCACUGUCUGUGUGAGUCCCAGUGGGGAGCACCUGGCCUCGGGGGACAGGAUAGGCACUCUCAGGAUAUACGAGCUGCAGUCUCUGAGGGAAAUGCUGAAGGUGGAAGCCCAUGAUUCUGAGAUUCUCUGUCUGGAGUACUCCAAACCUGAUACAGGCUUAAAGCUCUUAGCCUCAGCCAGUCGGGAUAGAUUGAUUCAUGUCUUGGAUGCUGGGAAGGACUACAGCCUGCAGCAGACCCUGGAUGAACAUUCUUCUUCCAUCACUGCUGUGAAGUUUGCAGCCAAUGAUGGAAAAGUGCGAAUGAUAAGCUGCGGGGCAGACAAGAGCAUCUAUUUCCGCACGGCACAGAAGACAGGAGAAGGGGUUCAGUUUACCCGAACACAUCACAUUGUUAGGAAGACCACUCUGUAUGACAUGGAUGUGGACCCCAGCUGGAAAUAUGCAGCUAUUGGAUGCCAAGAUCGUAACAUCAGGGUUUUCAACAUAAGCAGUGGGAAGCAGAAGAAACUUUACAAGGGAUCCCAAGGUGAAGAUGGCACCCUCAUCAAAGUACAAACAGAUCCAUCUGGUCUUUAUAUUGCAACCAGUUGUUCUGACAAGAACCUCUCUAUCUUUGAUUUCUAUUCUGGCGAGUGUGUGGCAACCAUGUAUGGACAUUCAGAGAUUGUAACUGGGAUGAAAUUCAGUAAUGACUGCAAACAUCUGAUCUCUGUUUCUGGUGACAGCUGUAUCUUCAUCUGGCGUCUGAGCUCAGAGAUGACCAUCAACAUGCGGCAGCGACUGUCUGACAUGAAGCAGAGAGGGAAGCAGGCGGAAAAGUCUCCUCCACACAAGGCAACUGGACUUAUGAGGCACGAAUCCAUCUCUGCUCUGACUUCUGUGCCUGCACUUUCAUCAGACAGUGACAAGGAUGGCGAAGACGAAGGGAAUGACGAAGAUGAAUUGCGUGGGUUGCAGUCUUUCCAUAUUCAGUCCAGCUGCAACACUGAGAGGGACUCAGAUCCAGAUCUUACCCUCUCCAGAAGCCUUUCCCAUUGGGAAAUGAGGCGGGCCAAGGAGAUAGCAGCAAUCCAGCGCUCCGAGGCGCCGAUGGGCAAGAUGCCACGGCAGCGUGGGCGCUGGUCCCAGCCCAGCAGCAGCAUAGAGAUGACUGUGAAGUCCAUGCUUGACCUGCGUCAGCUGGAGUCUUUCUCCGUGUCCCGUUCUCCAAGCCGAGACUCGCUGUCUCAGAACAGCAAUGGGGAUGACAGAGAGGAACAGGCAGAUCUACCUGUGCACAUCGACAAAGUGGGCAGCUCAAUACCUCCCCAGGAUAAUCGAUCAUGCAUGCGACCCCAAGUGAUCCAGCUUGUGCCUUGUGAAGAGGGGAUUUUCUCUCAGGAACUGGAGCCUUCUGAGAGUGAGGAGUGUGUAAUCUACCCGGAGCAAGAUGAGAUCAAUCCCAUAGACACAAGCAGUGAGUUCCAGGUAAAAGCAUUGCCCCAUGGGAAGCUAAAUAGAGGUUAUCAGAGUAAUGGAUGCCCAGACAAACACAGUCCUGACAGUGCCUGCUCUGUAGAUUACAGCAGCAGUCGCCUGUCUAGCCCAGAUCAUCCAAAUGAAGAUUCUGAAAGCACUGAGCCUCUAAGUGUGGAUGGCAUCUCAGAUCUGGAGGGAGAGGAAGGAGAGGAGGAUGUGGGUACUAGCAUGCCUGAAGGAGAAAUCCCUCAGACACCCGAUCAGGAAAAGUUCCUCAAGCAACAUUUUGGGACCCUGGGCAGUACUGAUGGAAAAGGUGGCUCAUGUAGGAAUUUGGAAAGAACUGCAACCCUCAGCAUUUCUUCUCGCUUUCUUUCCCAGUCCCCGGCUCUCAGACGGUUGUCACUCUCUUCAUCAAAUCUGGUCUUGGAUUCAAAGCCCAUCGAGCUGCCAACCCGGUUUACACCAGACCUGUUGAAAAAUGGCAGCAGCCAUCCUAGUGAUGCUUUGGAGAGCAGCCAGCUCCUGGAGACUGCAAAUUCAAAUCGAGCUGUUUAUGUUCAGAGAAAACGCAGACCAGCUUUGGAGGCCAGCAGAGUUGGUGGGGCUCCUGAACGGAGUCUAGCCACCUUCCCAGAAGGCCCUGUGAGUGCUAUGAUGAGAAAGGCGCAGUCAGUUCAUGACCUCGUUCAUGAGGAUAAGGGUCCUGGAGUCAUAUCUUCUGCCAAGCAGCGUCCUCAGACUCUUUUGGUGGUUGAGAAGGAUCCCAGACCUAACAAUUGCAGGGUGUUAUCAGCCAGUAUGUUGAAGAUGGAUGGAUCUGGUGCUUUGCUGGCCAAAGAUGUCAGGGCUGCAAAACCAAAGUCCUACAUGAACCCUACAACCAGCUUCCGGGCUAAGAUGUCAAGGAGUGUAUCUGUAGGGGAAAAUCUGUACCUUGGUUGCUCCGCUGAAAUGCUGACUGAUGGGAGGACUAGCCCUCCAGUAGCAGAGAAGACACAGUUUAGUUCCACAGCAGACACUGAGAGGAUGAAAAUUCCAGUGAAAGAAAAUAGUCCAGCGAAAGAAAAUGUUCCAGCGAAGCCUGCACUUCAGCCAGUUGUAAACGGCUCUUCUCCCAAGCCGUUCCACAGCAAGUUGGCAUCAUCAAACCGAGCACAUCUGAUUCUUGAUAUUUCAAAGCCAUUGCCUGAUAGACCCACACUGGCCUCCUUCUCACCUACUACCAAAGCAAAAACCCUGCUUGAGCCACAGUCUCCACAGUCACCUGCUGGGGCCUGUAAAAAGAAACCCUCUUUUCCUGAGGUUCGAGCCUCCAAGAGGGAGAGUCAAACGGCUGGGUCUCUGGUUCCUGGUAGAGAGAUGCCAACAGGACUUACUAAGGAGAGCCCAGUGGAGAGUCCAGUCGCAAAGACAGAUUGCCAGGAUGAGCCAGGGGUCACUAGUCCAAAACUGAGGGAUUUCUCAGAGGGCCAGCAUCUGAGAUCUCCUGAGGGCUCACUGCCCAGGUGCAGGGAGAGGAUCACUGGCAUCGCCUGUGUGCUAGACAACCAACCUGGACUUUGCUCACUAGACCCCAUCAGGCCGAGGUCUCCUACAUCUGUAACUGCCUCGGCACAGGUCUCAGAGUCGUGCAUCAGCGUAGAGCAGUGCGAGCACGUGGUGUCCGAGCUCCAGCACAGCAUGCGCAGGGCCAUCCACCUCUACCGCAUGGUAUUAAAUGAUACGGAGUCUUCUACUGACAAAGAUAAAAUAGCAGGCCUCCUGACAGAAACAUUCUCCUCAAUGAAGAAAGAAUUGGACUCUUUGAAGGAUGAGGAGGAGCUCCCGAAGGUUAAGGAGGUACUGGAAAAGCCACAAGAUACCACUAGCCCACUGAAUGAGGGAUGUGGUGCCAGUCUACCCAGUCCCAAGAGUUUGGGAGAUGAGCAGACACUAGCUUUGCUGGAACAGUACUCAGAGCUUUUGCUACAAGCUGUGGAACGACGCAUGGACAAAAAACUCUAAGAAGGGUGGCUUUUGAGCACUUGUGAAUACACAGAAAUAAUCCCAAGAAGAGGACCACACAGACAGCUUCAGACUAAUGCACUGGUCUAGGGCUGGUGGGGAGACCAUUAUAAAUUGAUUUCCUCAUGCCCCUACAACUGACUUCCUCCAAUUCUUAGCGACGUGCUGGUCACAAUUUUAAUAGUUUUUCCUCAGUUGUCUUCAACUUCCUGUCUCUAAAGUAUUGAAAGAGGAGUUUGGAGAAAUUGCCCUGAAAUUUCUUCAUAGCCAGGAGGUCAGGAUGUUUGGCACCUAAAGAAACAAAGAAGAUCCAGUUUAUCCAAGAAAUUCUGAGCUGCUGAUUUAAAAACAAUGGCAUCCAAGUGAAGCCAAUCGCUUCUUCUUUAAGGCUUCGUGAGAAUCAAGAAGACUUUUAAUGGGUUUAUUUAUUAAUUUAUUUUUCUGACUGUUACUCUAUGUCACGUUUGUGGCUGUUAUCUUUGUCCUUUAACAAAAACUGUUCAUCCCUUUGCCCUAUCCCAGCGAGAAACAAUCUCUGUAUUAUAAACCCCCGAGAGGGAGACAGGCUGGAGUGUCUGUGCAAUUAAUGAACUGUUUUCCACUUAAAGCUUGUCUUGCUGUUCUUUCUUUUCCUGCCUUAGUUUUGUUACCUGGAGUAAUCCUACUGUUGUCAUGGCAACUUUGUCUCCUUUUCUCUUGUUUCAAGAGCGUCCCCACACUGUAUUUUAUCUGCAUUCACCUCCAGGGGAAGGCUCUGCUACCCUUGGGCCACGCUUUGGAGAUUUCUUUGCGAAUUCAGUAGUGCUGUUUUUAAUCUGGAAUUUGAUGUUAUAUUUAUCCUCCUGAUUGGGUUUGCUGCAGGUGUUUUAAGAAUGGGAUUUAGAUACAAACUUGGAAGUUUGUUUCAGUUACCUUUCAUGUUUAGGAAUUGGCUGUUGACUUUGACAUUGCCAUGACUGGGAACUGUAGGGGUAAUGAAUUAUUUGUUGAGAAAUGACAUGAGAAAAAUGGUGUUUGUCCCUUGCAGUGUAACUCUGGAUUUGAGAGUUCUUCAGUGCAAUGGCUCAUCCAUGUCAUUUGUUCCUUUCACUGUGAUAGGAAAAUAUUUUCUUCUUGCUUUUCCAGGCAGUCAGUAUUUGCAUCCCAAGAAAGCUGAGAUUCUCUUACCUUUUGUAAAACUAUUUCAACUACUCACAGAAAAUAGUUUUCCCAAAACUUCAUAGAAGAUAUUUUGACAUGUGAUUAACACCAUUUCCCCUGCCCCAGCCUCUUAGCUCUUCAUGAAUUUCUGGUCUGGGAAACAGAAAAUCUUCCCUUCUUCCAUUUGUGUGUGCAAUACUCUUCUUACCCUGUGGAGCUUCUCUAAGACCAAGCUAACUUGUGUUUGUUGUGGCCUAAAACUGUCCAGUGAUGCAGUUUUGGUCAAUGAUAAGCUAAGAAAGAAAAAAAAGUUUAAACCCAAUUAAAUUCUUCAGCACCUUCCCCUGUACUCCCACUCCUUUGCACAACAGGAACAGUACACAAAAUGCUUUAUUUCUUUCUGCAUCUCCAAUCUGUCUUGUAUUUGUUUUAAGGCAGAGCAGUAUAUUCCCAGUUUAUAAAACUAACUCAAUUAGCAAGCUCUUGGUGGGAAAAUCACUCCACAGCAGCCAGACUCUAUCACUUGGUUCCACAGGUUACAGGCUUGAAGCCAUUCUCUUUCAUUUUACCUUCCUGGCUGUCUGAAACCCUGUGGCACUUGAAAGUGUGGUCUGUUGUCUUCUCUGUCCUUUUGUGGCUGGACAUCAGCAGUGCAGCCAUUUUUGCUUCUGGGCUGUCCAAACUGGUGUAAAAUGAUGUAUUUCUCACAAAUAAUUGCAAGGCUGAGUAAUCUGCAGUUCUCACUCUCCCUCCAACAGGCUUGCUGGCUGAUUACCAUCACCAAGUACUUCAAGACUUGGGUGGUGUGGGAGCAAUUUGAGAGCUUUCCACCUGUUUCUGUCUGUAGUUGAAAUCUACUUACUCACGUUUCAGGUAUCCUGGCUAACUUUUCCUUCCAUGGACUUGUACUGAAAAUUUAAAACAUGUUAUUUUAUAGUCCUGUCUCAGCAUUGCACUGUGCUGAAUCAGCUGAUGGGCUGCUUCUCUUGAACAGACAAGUUUUGCAAAGGAAGGCAAGUUGAAAACCAGAGGGGACAUUUCUAGCAGCUUCCUUGAGUGGAAAGGUAUGCUGGAGAUGCAGUGACUGGAGUGCAUGAUAGCAGUCAUGUUGGGUCUGCAAUGGAGUUAGUGUGGAUCAAGUUUGCUUUUGAGGUGACUAGUUCCUCCACUUUCAGACUGUGAACAUUUGUCCUAGUAUACAGGAAAUGUCUUGCUGUACUGGGACCACAAGACACUCAGGUAAAAUAACAGUCCCUUCAACCCAGGUAUCUUUUGGUACUGGUGAUAAAGGUUUGAGGGUCCUUUAUAUUACUUCCCUGUGCAAUUUAUUCCGUUUUAUAACUUAAGCUUUCAGGUAGUGACAGAAAGAGUCAGAGGUGAUAUGGAAGAGCCCGUGGCAAGAAUGAAAUUUCUGUUAAGGUAAAGAGCAACAGCCAGUGAAGCUGGCAUGGAGAUAUGAAACAAAGCUCCUUGGAAAUGAGUUUGGUGAAGCAAAUAGGAUUUUUAAGGUGGUCAAAGUGGCUCUUGCUUCUUGGAAUGGAUUUUACUUGUGACCACAGCUGCAUACAGGAAACUAGAGGUAAAAUUGCAUCAGAAUGAUGGUAAGAGAAGUGUUGGGCAAGUGGAUCAGCUGGAGGAUGGUUGUGCAGUUAAAAAUAAAUUGGAGUAGUAUAUGUAGGGCACUUUGGAAAACAGUAGAAGUAGAGAUGGUCUUGGCUUGAGGAACAUCACUUGGCCAAUGCUUGUGAAAGAUACAGUACAGAAAGGCUUCAGGAAAGUAGAUUUAGGACUGAGAGGAUGAUCUGUAAUUUAAGAAUGAAUUGGGAGGGAUUGUUUUUAAAAUAUGUCCUACUGAGCCUCUUGUUUCCUUACUUGCUGUCCCCUAGGCAGCUAUUUAUUCUAAAAUGGUAGUCGUGAGCUGUUUGCUCAAGGCUUGGAUGUUGCAGAUUGAGUAUUAGAAGCCUAGUAAAGGAGAUGCUGGUGCCACAAGUUUGUUGCUGAGAGGUGUGAGGAGAUGGUGUUGCUCUUUAUAAUUUGAGACUGAUCCAACUGAUUACUCCCUUCUAAACUUCCUAUUGCUGGCAGUAGGAAGUACUCCUAAAAAACCCAGUUUACAUAAUGAAGAAAGAGCAUAAAUGUGUUACAUUUUCUUGCACCUUGUGAAUAUAUUUCACCACAGGCUGUCUAUUGGGCCAGGUAGAGAAAUACUGAACUGUUACUGCCUGGGAAGUUAAGGGGCUUGUGGGAGGAGAUAAUAGACUUGAGUCUAUCCCACUUAGCUGUUUUGUGUGGAUGUUAGCAUAGACACAACCAGAUACCUGUUUUAAAGCAAGUUCUUUGUUCAACAUAAAGCCUGAAAAAAUAAUUUGAAUCUACCGAUCCUCUUGACAUACAUUUAGUCCCCUCCAAUCCAACAUUUCUCAUCAAAAAAAGAAUACUUGUUGGGUUUGGGUUGUUUUUUCCCCCCAUCUUGUGAAUAGUAUUACUUUGUUCGAUCCUUGGUUCACUCUUGAGCUCUCUUGAACUGAUACAGUAGGAAGGGCUGCAACUGAGAGGGCAUCAAACUCUUUCUGUUUUAUUUUCUUCAGACGACAGGUAGCACCUUCCUCCUCUCCAUCCCUCAGUAGUACCCAGGAAAUGUGAGUAUGGGAGUCUGCAUUUCUUCCACCUCCUCUCUCAGGCUGUCCUCUCCUUUCUGUGGGACCUCCCAGGCAAUGGUUGGGGCAGGCCUUACCAGAGCCCCCUCCCCAGUCCCCUCUUUUCCAGACUUCAUCACAACUCAGAGGAAUUGGGAUGUUUCUUUCUGGGAGUAGAAACAUGCAAACUUAAUUUUUUUUUUUUAAGAAGAAAGACUAUGUAUAUAAUUAUAUAUAAGAAACAAAUGAAACACAGCUAUUUAAACACUAUUGGUAAAUUCAUGCAUGUAUACAGUGUCUCCCCCCACUCCAUUCUAUUGGGUGUGCAGCAUCCAGGAUGCUAAAUGACAAAAACCUCAUUAAAAUGAUAGACAGGUCACCUGGCAGCCCCUGGGUGAGAAGGUGCUUCCUUCUCUGGGUACAACCUGCACGUCGUGUAUUUCAGAUUGUGUGUCAAUAGCGGGGGGGGGACACACACACCGCUGGUGUGUGUGACCUGCUGCAACGCGCGGAGGGGAGCUGCGUGGGGCAGCGGUGCUCAGAAUAAGCCAUGUCCGCUCUGCAUGUCUUACCUGCACCCAAGGCAGGCAGCUCCUCACCUGGGUCCUCCUACCCUUUCCCUUCACCCCUGUUAAAACAACAACAAAACAGCAACAAAAAAAAAAAUCCUUCCCGAUUUAUUUAUAAAUGUGUGUUUUUAUACUUUGGGCUUUAGGUAAAAUAAUCCUUUCAAAUGUCUUUUUUUGGUUGUUUGUUUUUAAUUUGGAGAAAGGUAAUAAUAAAAGUCGUUUGUUGGGUUUUUUUUUGCACUGUGAGGCUCCCCCUGGGAGCUGUUUUUAACUCUGUAUUCAUUUGUACUCCGUGUCUUAAACUGUUUCAAUAAAAUGUGAUCAUUUGUUA